AUGCCUCCAUCGGGUUUUCAACAAAGUGAUCCUUACCAGUAUUUGACUGGAUUCGGAAACUAUCAGGAGUCCCAAGCGAUAAAGAAUACUAUUCCUGUCGCGCAGAACUCGCCUCAGAGGCCACCACACGGGCUCUAUACUGAGAAGUUAUCCGGCACCGCCUUCACCGUUCCCCGUGCCGAAAACCAGCAUAGCUGGCUCUAUCGCAUCCUGCCGACGGCCUCCCAUGACCGUUGGAAGGAGUUAUCGCAGCCAGCCGUGAAAGAUGGUGUCAGCGCAUCUCAUGAGAAUUCAACUCGGACUCACCAAGAGCUGAAAUUCACCCCAGACCAACUUCUAUUCGAACCCUUCGACAUUCAGGAUAGCCAUGACUGGGUCUCAGGAAGUCGGCACCUUGCAGGCGCCGGCGACCCGAUGAUGAAGACUGGUAUUGCCAUCUAUGUUUUCACCGCAGGGAAGGAUAUGCCACCUAAGCAGGCAUACUACUCCUCUGAUGGCGACCUCCUUAUUGUACUCCAGCAUGGAGUCAUAGAUGUGCAGACUGAGCUCGGCCCCAUUCGAGGCUUCUCUCUCGAGCUAUUCCAAGGCCACUUCAAGCUCCCCGAGUUAGGAGUCAUUGGUUCCAGCGGACUCGCCAAUGCUAGGGACUUCCAAAUACCUACUGCAAACUACGAGCAGGACACAAGCUCCAGGUGGUCGAUUAUCAGUCGAUUCAACGGCAAGCUGUGGCAACUCCACCAGGAUCAUAGCCCGUUUGACGUAGUAGCCUGGCACGGCAUAUACUAUCCGUAUAAAUACGACCUGGGACGAUUUAACUCUAUCAACAGCGUCAGUUACGACCAUAUUGAUCCAAGCAUCUACACUGUCCUCACAGCCCCAUCUCCAUAUCCUGGAGUUGCUGUCGUAGACUUUGCCUUCUUCCCUAAGCGCUGGACCGUCCAGGAGGACACCUUUAGACCACCUUGGUAUCACCGCAAUACAAUGGCAGAGUUCUCAGCAAUGAUAUCUGCAUCUGUAGACCUGAGCAGGUCUACGGGGCUUAGACCGGGGGGCGCUCAGCUUCAUAACAUAAUGUCUGGCCACGGCCCCGAUGUAGGUGUGUUUGAAAAGGCAUCUACCGAAGCGCUAGUACCCCGAAAGGAUGGCCACGAUGUCCAGGUCUUUAUGUUUGAGACGUCGUUGAUGCUGGGUACCACCGAGUGGGGGUUGGUAGAGAGCAAAAAGGUGAGGGAGAGUUACCGUGCGGAGAAGUGGCAGCCCCUCAAGGUUAAUUUCCAGCCACCCGAGGAUGUUUGA